CUCCGCGGUGUCCGUGAACGCACCGCCGAUGUGAGUCACAUGACAGGCCAGCCUCUCGGAGCCGUCUGAAACACCUCCAGCCACCAUGCCAGCCACACAGCAGUCCCCCCAGGACGAGCAGGAGAAGCUUCUGGAUGAAGCUGUGCAGGCUGUGAAGGUCCAGUCUUUCCAGAUGAAGAGAUGCCUGGACAAGAACAAGCUGAUGGACGCUCUGAAACACGCCUCCAACAUGCUGGGGGAGCUGCGCACGUCCAUGCUCUCUCCGAAGAGCUACUACGAGCUCUACAUGGCCAUCUCCGACGAGCUGCACUACCUGGAGGUCUACCUGACCGACGAGUUCGCCAAGGGCCGCAAGGUGGCCGACCUGUACGAGCUGGUCCAGUACGCCGGGAACAUCAUCCCCCGACUCUACCUGCUGAUCACGGUGGGCGUGGUGUACGUCCGCUCCUUCCCUCAGUCCCGUAAAGACAUCUUGAAGGACCUGGUGGAGAUGUGCCGCGGCGUCCAGCACCCCCUCAGGGGCCUCUUCCUCAGAAACUACCUGCUGCAGUGCACCCGCAACAUCCUGCCGGACGACGGCGAGCAGACAGAGGGCUCGGAGGAGAUGACCGGCGACAUCAACGACUCCAUCGACUUCGUGCUGCUGAACUUCGCCGAGAUGAACAAGCUGUGGGUUCGGAUGCAGCACCAGGGUCACAGCCGCGACCGGGAGAAGCGCGAGAAGGAGCGGCAGGAGCUGCGCAUCCUGGUGGGAACCAACCUGGUGCGCCUCAGCCAGCUGGAGGGCGUCAACGUGGACAAGUACAAGCAGAUCGUGCUUCCCGGAGUGUUGGAGCAGGUGGUGAACUGCAGAGACUCGCUGGCUCAGGAAUACCUCAUGGAGUGCAUCAUUCAGGUUUUUCCAGACGAGUUCCACCUUCAGACUCUGAAUCCCUUCCUUCGAUCCUGUGCUGAGCUUCAUCAACACGUCAAUGUGAAGAACAUCAUCAUCGCCCUCAUCGACAGACUGGCUCUGUUUGCGCAUCGAGAAGACGGCCCGGGAAUCCCAGCUGAGAUCAAACUGUUCGACAUCUUCUCCCAGCAGGUGGCCACGGUCAUCCAGUCUCGCCAGGACAUGCCGUCAGAGGACGUGGUGUCUCUCCAGGUGUCUCUGAUCAACCUGGCCAUGAAGUGCUACCCCGAGCGCGUCGACUACGUGGACAAAGUCCUGGAGAGCACGGUGGAGAUAUUCAACAAGCUCAACCUGGAGCACAUCGCGACGAGCAGCGCCGUGUCCAAGGAGCUGACCCGCCUGCUGAAGAUCCCGGUGGACACGUACAACAACAUCCUGAUGGUGCUGCAGCUCAAACACUUCCCGCCGCUCUUCGAGUACUUCGACUACGAGUCCCGCAAGAGCAUGAGCUGCUAUGUGCUGAGCAACACGCUGGACUACAACACCACCAUCGUGGCCCAGGAGCAGGUGGACGCCAUCUUGAACCUGGUGUCGACGCUAAUCCAAGACCAGCCCGACCAGCCGGCGGACGAUCCGGACCCUGAAGACUUUGCGGAGGAGCAGAGCCUCGUGGGUCGAUUCAUCCAUCUGCUGCACUCAGAAGACCCCGAUCAGCAGUAUCUGAUUCUGAACACGGCGCGGAAACACUUUGGCGCCGGCGGGAACCAGAGGAUCCGCUACACGCUGCCUCCGCUGGUGUUCGCCGCCUACCAGCUGGCCUUCAGAUACAAGGAGAACUCCUCCACGGACGACAAGUGGGAGAAAAAGUGCCAAAAGAUCUUCUCCUUCGCCCACCAGACCAUCAGUGCUCUUAUCAAGGCGGAGCUGGCGGAGCUGCCGCUGCGGCUCUUCCUGCAGGGGGCGCUGGCCGCCGGGGAGAUCGGCUUUGAGAACCACGAGACCGUGGCCUACGAGUUCAUGUCUCAGGCCUUCUCCCUGUACGAGGACGAGAUCAGCGACUCCAAAGCGCAGCUGGCGGCCAUCACCCUGAUCAUCGGCACGUUCGAGCGCAUGCGCUGCUUCAGCGAGGAGAACCACGAGCCUCUGAGGACGCAGUGCGCGCUCGCCGCCUCCAAGCUGCUCAAGAAGCCCGACCAGUGCCGCGCCGUCAGCAUCUGUGCUCACCUGUUCUGGUCCGGACGGAGCACCGACAAGAACGGAGAGGAGAUCCGUGACGGGAAGCGGGUGAUGGAGUGUCUGAAGAAGGCCCUGAAGAUCGCCAACCAGUGCAUGGACCCGUCGUUGCAAGUGCAGCUCUUCAUCGAAAUCCUCAACAGAUACGUCUGCUUCUACGAGCGGGAAAACGACGCGGUGACGGUGCAGGUACUAAACCAGCUGAUCCAAAAGAUCCGGGAGGAUCUGCCCAACCUGGAGGCCAGCGAGGAGACGGAGCAGAUCAACAAACACUUCCACAACACACUGGAGCACCUCCGCCUGCAGAGGGAGUCCCCCGAGUCCGAGGGCCCCGCCUACGAGGGCCUGGUCCUCUGAGCCCCCGGCUUCACUGUAUCCACCACACACACACACACACACACACACACACACACCAUAUUCUUCUGUAGGCCAGAUAUAAUAAAAAAAAAAAAAAGAAUAAAUAAAUAUGGGAAUGAGCUAAGAGACGUCAGUCCUUUAUUUUAUUCCUCGUGUGUCUG